CUUCCGCUUUGGAACCUCUUCACCCCAUCAUCACCGUCCGACCUUCCCCCCUCCCACCCACUUCGGCAUCCCAAUGGCCUCGCGGCCGAAGCUGCGGCUGCUGUGCCUCCACGGGCGCUGUCAGACCUCGGCGACCUUCCAGGGGAAGAUCGAGCGACUCAUCGCGAAGAGCGCGAGUUGUGCGGACUUUGUGUUUGUCGAUGGGCCGGUGGAGCUGCCACUGCAACAUGAAGAGCGGGUGAACACGAAAGGAUGGUGGGAGGAAGGUGAAGCUCGAUCGCUGCACGCGCCGCGCAUACGAGAGGUGCUCAGCCAAGCAUGGAGCGAGUUGGGCCCCUUCGAGGGGGUGCUGGGCUUCUCGGAAGGCGGACUCGUGGCGCAACUGGCCUGUCACUGGGCUUCGGAGGGCGAGUCGCCCUUUGCUUCGCUGCGCUUCGGAAUCUUUGCGGCCUCCCCGGAGCUCACAGAGUCCUGCGCCGCGGAAGGGAUGAAGUCGCUGCACAUGGCCUCCAGCAAGGACACCGUGGUGCCUUUGGAGGAAAGCAAGCGCCUUGCGGCCCGCUUUUCCAAUGCCGAAUGGCUGGAGCACGAGGCCGGCCACGUCUUCUCGCAGCGCUCGGAGGAUCUGCGCCGCCUGGGCGAGUUUCUGGAGCUCCGCCGGGAGCAGCUGCUGCCCGAGGAGCUCGCGAGUGUGGAGGAGGUCGAGGCAGAUGAUCGGCUGAGCCAAGAGCAAAAAGAUGAGGUUGAGGCCUUGGCCUCCAUCUUCAUGGAGGAGUUGACCAUCUUCAAGCCCACCUGCCCCGUGCGUCUCGCCGUCAAGGUCCUCCACGAGCGGGCCUCCUUGCGUUUCUUUUUCCCGCCUUUGUAUCCACAAGUGCCCUGUGUCUGCGACUUGGAUUCCGAGGAUUUGGGUGUCCAACUGCGCCGGCGAGAGCUCUUAGAGGCGGUCGAAGCCGCCCGGGAGCCAGAGGGCUUCCCGAGUGUCAUGGCCAUGGUGCAGGAGGCACAACGAUGGAUUGAAGAGCACGGGGUCACAAUCGAUCAAGGUCUUCCAAGCGAUGGCACUGCAGAAGAGGACGAACCUGCAGAAGCCUGGUGGCUUUGUGAAGAUGCGCAAGUUGACCAAGAACUCCUGACCCAAGCAGAGAAGAAGGCCGCCGAGCUUUUGCCGGACGGCAGCUCUGGCAGCAGAUCCUGGGCGCGACAGUGUGGCGCCGGCGCCUACGGAAAACCAUGGCGCUUUACAGUGGGCUUGGUGGGGAAACCCUCAGCAGGAAAGUCGACGCUCUUCAACGCGGCCACACGUUGCGAAAAGGAAGCAGCGAUGGCUCCACAUCCUUUCACGACCAUCGACCCCAACGUGGAGCCCGGCUGGUUUGCUGUGCCCUGCCCCUCCGUGACGCUCCAAUGCCAGGACGAGUGCGAACCAGAGCAUGGACGGGCCGACCGUGGGCAGCGGCGCUUUCCGCUGCUGGUGAAGGAUGUGGCUGGACUGGUGCCAGGUGCCUAUUUAGGCUAUGGCCGUGGCAACGCCUUCCUCAACGACCUCCUCGACGCCGAUAGCUUGGUGCACGUGGUGGACGCCUCCGGGCGCAGCGACGCCGAAGGCGUGGACCACGGCAAGGCCGGCAAAGGGCAUGAUCCAUUGAAGGAUGUGGAGUGGGUCCGGCAAGAGAUCCACAUGUGGAUAUUCUGCAAUGUGCGCGCGAAGUGGCACUCGGUGCGUAAGAGGGCAAAAUUCGCCCCCCUGCAGCCUUUGGCGGCCGAGCGGCUCUUUGGACUCUUCACAGGCUACCAUUGCUCCCAACAGCUGGUUGCACAAGUCUACGAAUCCACGGGCCACCGCAUCGCCACACUGCCCCAGGACGUCCUGAACUGGAGCGAAUUCGACCUUCAUUUGCUGGUCGCUUGCUUCCUUCGGGUCCGCUUCCCCAUCGUGAUCGCUUUGAAUAAGGCGGACACGGCAGAAGCUCAAGAGCACAUCGUGAGAGCGCAGGCUGCCUUGGGCAAUGCUGUGGCAGUGUCCGCGCGCAGUGAGCUGUGGCUGCUGCAGCAGCAACGGAAAGGUCAUCUGACCUAUCUCGAAGGCGGAGGCCCCCAGUCCAUCGCAAUCACCGAGCAUGCACCUGAAGAUGUCCGCGACCAGGUGUCUCAGCUUCGGCAGAAGGUGCUGGAGGUUUAUGGCUCCACGGGUGUCAUGGAGGUGCUUUCGCGCGCGGUCCUGCAACGGAGCCCCGUGUUUUGCUGCCCCGUGAGCGAGUUUACCACCCUUCAGAGCUUGUCCAGCGGUGGCUAUUCGACCAAGUCGAAGUUAGUCACGAUGAUGAUGUUGCGACCUCUCUCCACAGUCGAGGAGGCAUCGUUGAGCUUCUGGAUUCUUGUGAUCGGAUUUCUGCUCCACACAUGAGCUUUGACAAAGAAUGUCCCGCGGAAACCCAUAGGAGUUACGAAGAUGGUGUUCCUCAAAAUAAGGCAGGUACGGUACGGUAUGUUGUCAUAGCCGGGGGGUCACAGGUGAGACAUUUGCUUCGGCUCGAAGAAGAUUGUUUUGUUCGAUUCCAGCCUUCCCAUCCGCUUAGUGCCAGUUUGUGGUUAGACUUGUCCAAGUCGAAUGGAAUCUCUCCCAGCAAGUAAGAUGGUGGUGGCGCAAAACUGGGGCUCCACGGCCGGCUGUAGCACAGACUGGCCUUUGAAAUGCUGCUCAGGGAGGCACCAGGGGGGCCCAUAGUUGCCUACCUUGCAGAUUCUCGGCACCGAAGUCGUUCAUGCGGCCUUGAAGAAUGAGCCACUUGGAGACGGACCUGUCGGGACGAUGCGACCGAAGCCACGGACAACCGGCAUCAGCAGGUCAGCAGCGUGGUUGUUCCGACUCAGCAGAAGGAGGUCGAUCUAGUCAUGGGAUCUCAUGGGCUUUCAGCCUGCAGGUUUCGCUCAAUUCCAGGAAUCAGAGUCGCACAGAUCGCCCCAUGUCUUAAAACAACGGUGUGCAAAGCGAGAUCGUGAUAGGACGGGACGUGCAAAUGUGUGCAUCGUUUUUCCAAGGGUGCUUACAGGACACUUUGGGUUUUUGUUGCUUGCCAUUCGUUUGCGAAUGUGAUGCUAUGUAUAUAUAUAUAUAUUUCCCUUCUUGGCGACUGACGGGAGAAAUGGUUCUGGUUGGCUUCACAUUUUGACUUAAGCGCGGUUUCUGUAUUUGUUUUAAUAUAUAUAUAUAUAUAUAACAUGUAAAAAAAAGACUGGUACAGUCCCUGGAAACAUGGCGCCUUGGAAGACCAUUUUCGCCUACAAACAGGGGUUUUCCACUUCCAUGUGAGUUCCAGGCAGUCUAUGAAAUUCGUAAAUAUGCAUGACUUCAUCUUAGAGACAGCAGGCCAAACUUCCACGCCAUGAACCGAAACCUGCGCCGGGAGACGCGCGGAGUUUCGCGCGUUGCGGAGCUUCUUGGCCAAACACGGGAUGGAGCAAAGCACUUGCAAACCACGGGAUGGAGCUGAUUAAUCAACCCCCCCCUUCCCCCCCUCUCGCUGGGCUUGAU